CAGUGGUUCGUGUGGUUGUGGAGGUUUAUAGACAUGCCCAGGCGAAAGGGACAAACUGGAAGCGAGUACGACAGAAAUCGUUGGUGCGCGCAUUGUAGCGACCUCAUCCCAAAAUCGACAUACUACGACCAUGUCAGAAGGUACGGGGAUGAUGCCUGUGGGAACGGCGAUCAGCCUUGCACAAAGAGGCAAAAGUUAGCUGGAGCAACAGUUGAAGUAUCUCAGGACUUGAUGUCAGGUGACCCCAGCCUAUCCUCAGAGUCAGAUGUGGAUGACACAAGCACCCCCCAAGUGAUGUCAGAACUGAGAAAGCAGUCACACCUUCCUGAUAAAGUGGCGAACUCUGAUGCACAAGACUGCAGUACUAGUAGUCAACAGGACAUGGAAACAGAGGACAAUGGACAAGCAACAGAGGGGUCUUCUGGGAACUCUGACUCUGAGUCAGACUGUGAGAAAGAGGACAAAGAGGAUACUGAAAUAUGGAGUGAUGCUGAGAUGGAAGAAGAUACGCUGGACUUUCAACGUGGCACAGACAUGGAGGACAUCAAUGAUGCAGGCCAAACAGAAUCAAACAUGUUUAUGCCUCUAAUCUGUUUAUUGUUGCUACUGCUAGCCAAGUGGAAGUCAGUUUUCACAAUAUCAGAUUCAGCUGUAGAGGUACUUUUGAAGAUUAUUGGGAGUAUUUUGAUGGCCAUAGGAACGACACUGUGUAUGGAAACUCUGAAGAGCAUUGCUUUGGCUAUACCAAGAACCAUAUAUAUGUUUAGAAAGAAACUAGGUCUGGAUAGAAAUGAUUUUGAUCGCUAUGUUGUCUGCCCUGUUUGUGAUUCUGUGUAUCCAGUUGAGGAUGCAGUAGUAACUAUUCGUGAUGGCAACGGUAGAAUUGUAAGAAAAAAAUCAGCUAAAUGUUCUCAUGUUGAGUUUCCUAGGCAUAAGCAGAGAAAGUUUCGAAAGCCAUGUGGAACCAUUUUGAUGAAGACUGUCCUUGGUAAACAUCAAAAAGAAUUCCUAUAUCCCAAACGUACAUUCUGUUAUCGCAGUGUAGUAAAGUCCCUUGAGGACAUGUUGCAGAGGCCAGACUUUAUUGAGGCCUGUGAAGCAUGGAGAAAUAGAAGUACACAACAUGGAACUUACACAGAUGUGUUUGAUGGUCAAAUCUGGAAAGACUUCCAAGUGGUCGAUGGUGAACCAUUUCUUGCUGAGCCAUGUAACUUGGCUCUUAUGUUAAAUGUAGACUGGUUUCAGCCUUAUGGUUUCAGCCUUACAAGAACAUCAAAGAGUCCAUUGGCAUUAUGUAUUUGUCUGUAA